AUGCCGCGUCGACGCAGCCAGUUUCGGCCGUGCAUCGAUCUGCAUCAUGGCAAGGUAAAGCAGAUUGUAGGAGGUACUUUGUGCGACGAGCCGGGUCAAGGGGAGAAGAGUUUGUCAUUGCGCACCAAUUUCGUCGCAGAGCAUCCGUCUGCCUACUACGCCGAGCUGUACAAGCAACACGACUUGCGCGGCGGCCAUAUUAUCAAGCUUGGCCCUGGCAAUGAUGCCGCUGCCAAAGAGGCCAUUGCUGCAUGGCCAAAUGGGAUGCAUGUGGGCGGUGGGAUUGAUGCGACGAACGCCAAAGCGUGGAUUGACCAAGGUGCAGAGAAGGUGAUUGUCACCUCCUACCUUUUCCCGAAUUGCACAUUUUCCAUGGCCAGGCUUUUGGAGCUAGAGCGGGUUGUAGGCAAGGAGCGGCUCGUCGUCGAUAUCAGCUGCCGGCGGCGCGAGAAUGGAUGGGUCGUCGCAAUGAACCGAUGGCAGGAUCUUACCGACAUGGUACUCAGCAAGGAAUCGCUUGAUACCGUUUCUGCACACUGCAGCGAGCUGCUUAUUCAUGCAGCCGAUGUCGAAGGUCUGUGCCAAGGGAUCGAUGAGGAGCUUGUACAAAAACUGGGCGAAUGGGCCACGAUUCCCGCGACGUACGCCGGCGGCGCGCGCCAUAUCGAGGACUUGGAACUGAUUGAUCGGCUCUCGAAUGGCAGCGUCGACCUCACGUUCGGUAGCGCACUCGAUAUUUUUGGCGGCACCGGCGUCACCCUGGCCAGUCUUGUAGCUCGACGCGAUCGUGCUCCAUAG